AGUAUCGCUAAGUGGUAAUGAAUGGCAGUGGCCUCGUGAUAAGAUAUUGAAUAACAAAAUUUUAAUUUUAAAAACUUAGGCAUUUGAGGUCUUUUUAAAAUUUGUUUUGCAUUUGAAACUUUGUAUUCAUUCAAUAUGCUUUCCUCUUUAAAGGUUAAUUCCAUUCCCUCCCGGCUAUACAGCUCGAAAGCAAAGCUCAAUGAUGUUGUCAUUGUUAGCGCUGCAAGAACACCUAUUGGAUCGUUUCUUGGCUCGUUAUCAUCAUUAUCUGCAACUAAACUUGGAGCGGUUGCAAUACAAGCUGCAAUUGAGCGAGCUGGAAUCGCCAAGGAUCAGGUAACAGAAGUUUAUAUGGGUAAUGUCUGCCAAGCAUUUCUCGGUCAGGCACCAGCAAGACAGUCUACAAUAUUUGCAGGUCUUCCAAAGUCAACAAUUUGUACUACAGUGAAUAAAGUAUGUGCGAGUGGCAUGAAAAGUGUUAUGCUCGCAGCACAAACAUUGCAAACGGGACAUCAAGAUAUUGUACUCGCUGGUGGAAUGGAAUCAAUGUCCAAUGUUCCAUUUUAUCUAAAGCGAGGUCAAAUCCCCUAUGGAGGUACAAAAAUAGAGGAUGGGAUUGUAUUUGAUGGGCUUACCGAUGUUUACAACAAAAUUCACAUGGGCAAUUGUGCAGAAAAUACAGCAAAAAAGCUGCAAAUUACUCGUCAGCAGCAAGAUGAAUAUGCUAUUAACAGUUACAAGCGCAGUGCAACAGCUUAUGAAAUUAAAGCAUUUAAGGACGAAUUGGUUUCUGUCAAUGUACCACAAAAGAAGGGUAAACCUGACGUAAUAUUUGCAGAAGAUGAAGAGUAUAAGAAAGUUGAUUUCGAUAAGUUCGGAAAACUCAGUACUGUGUUCCAGAAAGAGAAUGGCACAGUAACUGCUGGAAACGCGUCCACCUUAAAUGACGGAGCUGCUGCUUUGAUCUUAACUACCACUGAAGUGGCACAAAAAUUGAACUUGAAACCGUUAGCAAGAAUUGUUGCUUUCCAAGAUGCUGCUACAGAUCCUAUUGAUUUUCCCGUUGCUCCUGCAUUAGCAAUUCCCUCUUUACUUCAAAACGCGGGAGUAAAUAAAAGUGACAUAGCACAGUGGGAAAUUAAUGAAGCAUUUAGUGUGGUGGUUGUCGCAAAUCAAAAGCUACUUGAUAUAGAUCCAUCUAAAGUGAAUAUCCACGGUGGAGCGGUGUCACUUGGACAUCCAAUUGGAAUGUCUGGGGCUCGAAUUAUUGUUCAUUUAACGCAUUCCCUAAAGGCUGGUCAAAAAGGAGUCGCUUCCAUUUGUAACGGUGGAGGUGGAGCUUCUUCAAUUCUUAUUGAGAAACUGUCUCACUCGGUAUCAACUCCACCUAAAUUGACCUUAUUUACGAAGAAUCCAUGUUCCUUGUGCGACGUCCUUAAGGAAGAUUUAAAUAGACACUUUGCAGGACAAUAUCAGUUAGAAUAUAUUGAUAUUACCGCCCCAGGUAAUGAACGAUUUAAAACACUAUAUCGGUACGAUAUACCAGUUCUGUUUUUGGAGGGACAAUAUCUUUGUAAACAUCACCUAGAUAUAGAAUUAUUAGAUAAGAAAUUAAAAGACCUUAAAAAUUUGCACGAAACAUCGUAAUGUAAACAGCCACGACAUUUGAUAGACUUUUUCUAUUGGUACAUAGUACUAUUUUCUAAAUAUAUUUUGACGUUAUUGUAAGACGCGAAUGUAAAUGGCAGUGACGUGAACUUCAAUCUUAAGAUGUCAAUCUCGUGUGAUAAUAUAUUUAACGUACAGGGUGAAAGUUAGUAAAAUGUAAUGCUUCGUGUACAUAAAACUGUUAUUGUUCCUGUAUGUGUAA